AUGAUAAAAAUUACUAAACAUCUUAAGUUAAGAUAAAAUUAUUCCACUUUUUUGGAUGAUCAUUCCAAAUUUUACAUCAAACCCAUUGAGGGACUUGAGUCUAUAGAUUUCAGUGGAGAAUAUUUGAUUUAAAAAGACGGCAAAUUGAAAAACAAAUUAUUAUAAUUUUCAUAGCAUAUCCUCUUAUAUUCCAGUAAAGUAUAAUAUAUGACUGUUAUUAUAGAAAUAUAUAAAUAUUUUAAAUGCUACAUUGUUAUUAAUUGUUGACAAUAAUAAUAAAAUUGAAGGUUUGAAAUUUCUAAAAUCUGGAACAUCUUUAGAGAUAUAUUAAAGCCCUUAGUAAUUAUAUGAGUAUGUGAGAAAAUAUUGUAUUUAAAGAGAGAUACCAGGAAGAUACAAAAUAACUUAAACAAUUUAUUAUGGAAGCAAUGCCACAGUAUUUAAGUUAACUAUUCAAUAGUUUCUCAAAUUAGAAUCUUCAUUAGAUUCUAGAGUUGUUCAUGUUGCAAAAAUAUAUGAGAAACAGAAUUUGAUUUCUGAAGAAUAAAAGCAGAGCUUAAAAAAAGAAGUUUAAAUUUUAAGAACUGUCAAUCAUCACCAUAUUUCAAAUUUAAUUGAAAUUUUUGAAGAUGAUGAAUUGAUAUUCUUAAUUUUAGAAGAAUUAAAAGGCGAAAGUUUAUAAACUAUUUUAGAGAAGCAUUAGCCUGUUGAUGAAAAUUAAAUAAGAUAAAUAAUGAAACCACUAUUUGAAUGUGUUUCAAACUUGCAUGAUAAUAACAUUUUUCAUAGAGAUAUUAAACCUUAAAAUAUUAUGUAUAGAAUGUCACUUGAUAAUACAUAACCUUGCUUAAUUGAUUUUAGUUUAGCAGAUUAUUGGAAUUAAAAUGGCAAAUAUCUAUUUACUAGAUGUGGAAGCAUUGGUUAUGUUGCUCCUGAAGUUUUAUAAGAUAAAAGAUAUUUCUUAAAUAUUGAUGUUUAUAGUUUAGGAAUAAUAAUUUAUAUUUUGGUAACUUUAAAGCAUCCUUUUGAAGAUUAAGAUAAAAACAAAAUGAUACAAAAAAACUAUUAUGGUAAAAUAGACUUUACCCAAAUAAAAUGUUCUUAGGUUUUAAUGGACCUAAUAACAAAAUGCUUAAAUGCAGAUUACACAAAAAGAUUAAAUUGUAAAGAAGCUUUGAAACACUAAUUUUUUUAUAAUAAAAUUCCAAAGAUCCUGUCAUUCAAAAUUAAAGAUAAUAGGAAACCAUCUUAAAUCAGAACUCCAAGAAGUGAGAAUAAAUAACAUAGUUCAAGUAGAUUCUCUCAUGAUUCUGGAAAUAGUCUUAACUAAUCAUAAUCACCUUCCUCUAUUGAUAGUGAUAGACAAUUUCCAAGAUAACUUAAAUAAAAUACUGUAUUGCCAGAAAGUAAUAAUUUAUUAAUUAUUUAGUUAAUAUUUUUCGACCAAAAUCUAAAUAUUUUUAAACUAGAAAAUCUUAAUGCGAUUCAUAAACAAACAGAAUUGAGUGA